AGUUCAGUGCAGAGAUCAGCUGUGAGAGGUCGUCCAGCGCCCAGUCCUGUCAGCAAAACAUCACCCAGGCUCCACCAUGACGAGCAGGAUGACGGUCACACAGCCUCAGCCUGUGAUGGAGGUCCGAAGCUCUCAGGAGUGGAGCAGCGGAAUCUGCGACUGCUGCAGUGAUUUACGAUCAUGUUGUUUCGCCUUCUGGUGCUGCCCCUGCUUUGCCUGUCAGACCUCCAAAAAGUUUGGUGAACAUCUGUGCACCCCUCUGCUGGAAAUCUUCGGCUUCUGUGUCCCACCGAUCACCAUGUCCAUGAGGGUCGCCAUGCGACACCGCUACGGCAUCAAAGGAACCCUGCCUCUGGACUGCGUUCACGCCACCUUCUGCACCAUCUGCACCUGGUGCCAGAUGUCCAGGGAGAUGGAGAAGAGGAACAUCCAGAUCGUCCUGGUCAACGCCAAGAACACAUGAUGUGGCUGUGGCGGCUGGACCGAGCCCACGGCAGAGCCCGGCAGUGCUUCCCGUACAGAUGCUGCGUGAAGUCGUGUGUGUUUGUACUGUACGAAGGAAUCCUGCCGCAGAGCUGAAGGAACCUUCUCUUAAACUUUGUGGGUGAACCAGAUCUUUAUAAGGACAUAAAAUAUAUGUUUUACAGUUAGGAAAUAAUAAAAGCCAAUGAAAGAUGUUACUUUAGGAAAAGAACAUUUAUAUAUCUAUUUUAGGUUGUGCCAGACAAUCACAUAAAGUAUUUUACAAUUAA